CAGCCCCCCACUGCCGAGGGGCCGGACCCGGCCACCGCGGAUAUAAAAGAGCCGGGCGUCCCGGAGCUGCCGCAGUGCUGCCCGCCCCGUCCCGGCCCUUCGCUCCUGCUCUGCCGGCGGCCGCACCUGCUUCGACCAUGAUGAGCUUCGGCGGCGCCGAUGCGCUGCUGGGCGCCCCGUUCGCGCCGCUGCACGGAGGCGGCAGCCUGCACUACGCGCUGGGCCGCAAGUCCGGCACCGGCGGCACGCGCUCCGCGGCCGGCUCCUCCAGCGGCUUCCACUCGUGGGCGCGGACGUCCGUGAGCUCCGUGUCCGCCUCGUCCAGCCGCUUCCGCGGAGCCGGCGCCGCCUCGAGCACCGACUCGCUAGACACACUCAGCAACGGGCCGGAGGGCUGCGUGGUGGCGGCGGCGGCAGCGCGCAGCGAAAAGGAGCAGCUGCAGGCUCUGAACGACCGCUUCGCGGGCUACAUCGACAAGGUGAGGCAGCUCGAGGCGCACAACCGCAGCCUGGAGGGCGAGGCGGCGGCGCUGCGGCAGCAGCAAGCCGGCCGCGCCGCCAUGGGCGAGCUGUACGAGCGCGAGGUGCGCGAGAUGCGCGGCGCCGUGCUGCGCCUGGGGGCGGCGCGCGGCCAGCUGCGCCUGGAGCAGGAGCACCUGCUGGAGGACAUCGCGCACGUGCGACAGCGGCUGGACGAAGAAGCCCGGCAACGAGAGGAAGCAGAGGCGGCGGCGCGCGCUCUAGCGCGCUUCGCGCAGGAGGCGGAAGCGGCGCGCGUGGAGCUGCAGAAGAAGGCGCAGGCGCUGCAGGAGGAGUGCGGCUACCUGCGGCGCCACCACCAGGAGGAGGUGGGCGAGCUGCUGGGUCAGAUCCAGGGCUGCGGUGCCGCCCAAGCGCAGGCGCACGUCGAGGCGCGCGAUGCCCUCAAGUGCGACGUGACGUCGGCGCUGCGGGAGAUCCGCGCGCAGCUCGAAGGCCAUGCGGUGCAGAGCACGCUGCAGUCAGAGGAGUGGUUCCGAGUGAGGUUGGACCGACUGUCAGAGGCGGCCAAGGUGAAUACAGAUGCCAUGCGCUCGGCACAGGAGGAGAUAACCGAGUACCGGAGGCAGCUGCAGGCCAGGACCACGGAGCUGGAGGCGCUGAAAAGCACCAAAGAUUCACUGGAGAGGCAGCGCUCUGAGCUAGAAGACCGUCAUCAGGCAGACAUUGCAUCCUAUCAGGAUGCUAUUCAGCAGCUGGACAAUGAGCUGAGAAACACCAAGUGGGAGAUGGCAGCACAGCUCCGAGAGUACCAGGACCUGCUCAAUGUCAAGAUGGCCCUGGAUAUUGAGAUUGCUGCUUACAGAAAGCUCCUGGAAGGCGAAGAGUGUCGGAUUGGCUUUGGUCCAAGUCCCUUCUCUCUUACUGAGGGACUCCCGAAGAUUCCCUCCACAUCCACUCACAUAAAAGUCAAAAGCGAAGAGAAGAUAAAAGUGGUAGAAAAAUCAGAGAAAGAAACUGUGAUUGUGGAGGAGCAGACAGAAGAGAUCCAGGUGACUGAAGAAGUGACAGAAGAGGAGGAGAAAGAGGCCAAAGAGGAGGAAGGAGGAGAUGAAACAGAAGAGGGAGGGGAAGAUGUAACAUCUCCCCCUGCAGAAGUGGCCCAAUCUCCAGAAAAGGAAACCAAAUCUCCUGUGAAGGAAGAAGCUAAGUCCCCAGCUGAGGUAAAAUCUCCAGCUGAGGCCAAGUCACCAGCUCAGGUAAAAUCUCCAGCUGAGGCCAAGUCUCCUGCUGAGGCCAAGUCACCAGCUCAGGUAAAAUCUCCAGCUGAGGCCAAGUCUCCUGCUGAGGUAAAAUCUCCAGCUGAGGCCAAGUCCCCAACUGCAGCCAAGUCACCAGCUGAGGUAAAAUCUCCAGAGAAAGUCAAGACCCCUCUAAAGGAAGGAGCAAAAUUCCCAGUUGAGGAGUCCAAGUCGCCUGUGAAGGAAGAAGUGAAGUCCCCAGCAGAAGUAAAAUCUCCAGAGAAGGCCAAGUCUCCAGUUAAGGAAGAAGCAACAUCUCCAGCCCAAGCCAAGUUUCCAGAGAAGGAAGAAGUUAAAUCACCAGCAGCAGUCAAAUCUCCUGAGAAGGCCAAGUCCCCUGUGAAGGAAGAGGUCAAGCCUCCAGCUGAGGUGAAAUCCCCUGACAAGGCUAAGAGUCCAGUGAAGGAGGAAUCAGAGUCUCCUGAGAAGGUCAAGACUCUAGAUGUAAAAUCCCCAGAAGCCAAGACUCUAGGGAAGGAAGAAGCAAAGUACUCCGCAGACAUCAAAUCUCCCGAGCAGGCCAAAAGUCCUGCCAAGGAGGAGGUCAAGUCCCCAGAGAGGGUCAAGUCCCCUGAGAAGGCCAAGUCCCCUGAGAAGGAAGAUGCCAAGGCUUCUGAGAAGGAAGUUUCCAAGAAGGAAGAGAUGAAGUCCCCUGUGAAGGAGGAGGUGAAAGCCAAAGAACCCCCAAAGAAAGUAGAGGAGGAGAAGACCACCGCUACACCAAAGACAGAAGAGGAGGUGAUCAAGAAAGAUGAACCACCCCAGAAGGAAGCUGCAAAGCCCAAGGUGGAAGAGAAGAAGGAAAUCCCAGGAGAAAAGCCCAAGGACUCCACAGUGGAAGCCAAGAAGGAAAAGUCUGAAGAGAAGAAAGCAGUGACCCCAGAGAAGGAGACUCCUGCCAAGGUGGAGGUAAAGGAAGAGGCUAAAUCCAAAGAGAAGACAGAGACCAAGACAGAAGUGGAUGACACCAAGGCCAAAGAACCCAGCAAACCUGCAGAGCAGGAAAGGCCACAGAAGGAAGAGAUGCUGGCAGCACCAGAGAAGAGAGACGGCAAGGAGGAGAAGGCCACAGAGUCCAAGAAGCCCGAGGAGAAGCCCAAGACGGAGGCCAAGGCCAAGGAGGACGACAAGGGCCUUCCCAAAGAGCCCAGCAAACCCAAGACAGAAAAGGCUGAAAAAUCCUCUAGCACAGACCAAAAAGACAGCCAGCCUGCAGAGAAGGCCACAGAGGACAAGGCCACCAAGGGGGAGAAGUAAGGCCACGACAUGUUCAUCCAGGAACAGCCAAAGAAACUCGGAGGGUCCCAGUACUAAAGAGUCAGUGUAAUAAAUUUUAUUCCUUCCUUUCCUUUCUGUAAGAAGAAACACUGUUUAGAUGAUGGGCCUGCCCUCACCAAACAGGAAUUUCUGUUAGGAUUAAGCUAGCAAGAGAAGAUACCCUCAGCCCUGGCCCCCGAUGCCCCAAACCCACCCCAGGUGAUGGACAAUUAUGAUAGCUUAUUGUAGCCGAAUGUGACAUAUGCUGAAUGCUACAUGAAAACCACUUGACUAAAAACUGUCCCGUCCUUUCCAAAUAAGUGCAUUUAUUUCCUGUAUGUACAACUGACAGAUGAUCGCAAUAAUGAAUGAGCAGUUAGAAAUGCAUUAUGCUUGAGAUGUUGUAACCUAUUCCUGAAUGCCUUCUUGUUUUCCAAAGGAGUGGUCAGGCCCUUACCCAGCACUCUAUCCGGGAGGAGCUGCAGCAGGCGAAUCAGGGCCAGGGCCACUGAACCAUGCCAGAGCG